UUUUUUUUCAGCUAUAACAGACUUGUUAACAAUACCAUAUCAUCAAGCAUGGUUAUAUUCAUUGGAAAUAUUGUCAGUAAUAUAUGUAUCUACCUCUAUCACUUCACUAUCAUGAAUAGCAUAAACUUUACUAUAAUUCGUGACUUGGACGUAGUUGCAAUGACACUUAUAGAGUUCUUUGGAGCAUUUUGUAUUCCUGCACAGUAUUGCAUAAAUCAAGUUGAAGAAAUAAGAAAUGCAGCGUAUUUUUCGAAGUGGUACGAGUAUCCUCAGUAUGGUCGCCAUAUUUUGAUGAUCAUUACAAGAGAUCAAUUGGGUACUACCAUGAAUGCUGGAGGAUUCAUCAGAGUUAACUUAGAGACUGCUGUAAAUGUCAUGAAGCUUGCUGGGUCGUAUUACAUGUUUCUCAAAAAUUUUACCGAAGACUGAAGAAACAGUUUUUUCUAGAUGAUGAAUGCAAGCCACUUAACUGUCACAUGCUAUGGAAUUGGAAGAAAUUAAAGCACAAGAUUUAGUUAC